CCGUGCCACCAGUCUAAGCUUCAGUGGGUCAGGGACGACAAGGACUGUUCCGUCUUCUUCGUCUGCGCCCGGAACAGGGUGGCCGCAGUCAUGUCCUGUCCGAGUAAAGAAGUGUGGUCGAACCGGGCGACCAACUGUGUCCCGUUGAGGUCUAGGUGGGACGACUGCGUUAUCGUCGGUUCUGACAACGGAAAUUAUGAUUCGCCGCCGCCGCCGCCAAAAAGAAACGAUCCACGGGGGAAAACGCGUCAGUACGACAGCUGGCCUCCCUCCACCACAACGGAAGCCCCGACAACAACGCGCGUUACAACCACUACAGAACUUCGCUUUGGCGAACACUCUGAACCUUGGGCGUACGAAGACGACCCCCGACGUCACCCAGAGUUUAACCCAAAAGUCCCGAGCGGAGACGGUCGAAAGUUUAAAACCGGAAACCGGCGUCUGAAUCCGGUGACCAGACACGGAGAGUACGUCGCGAAGAAGAUGACCAGCUCGGCCGUGAGCAGGAACGAAGAAAACAACGACACGAAGCGUAUUCCGAGACGCCACGUCAGGAGAAAACUGAAGCAUUCUUUCCAAUCGGCGCGACGAACGCAGAACCCGCAGAAAAGUCGGGACACCACGACGGGGUACUGGGAGCGUUAUGGCGAAGGUCUUCAGAGCACACUGAUUCCAUCGACAACGACCACCACGGAGCGGCCGCCCGACACUUCCACGUCUACGCACUUACCCGUUUAUAUGGGGACCGCAAGCCCUUUGGUCACGCGGCGAUUCAAGCUGAAGCAGUUUUUUCCUCGCCGAAAGAAAGACCGCGUUAAAGAGUUACAUCUCAAGACCGACGAGCUGAACCUCCAGUAUGACGUCAAGGGGGGUAACCUGGACGUGGAGGACGUCGUGAACAACUUUGCGGGCGAGCCGUCGACGACGCCGCGGCCGACACCCGGCGUCGAGGUCCAGGACAGGACGACGGAGAAGCCAUCGACGGGCUGGUGGGUCGAUAUCAUCACGUUGGGGCCACCCGAAAUCUUGGAGGAAGCCAAACCAGUGACCACCCCACAGCAGAGUCAGACCACCACCGUCCCUCCGGUGGUCCACAACACUACGUUUCCAUCGUACAUACCAGGUAGGUGGUUAUUAAAAUUUUAAAAAAGUUAACAAAAACUCGUUUCAACUUAAUGAGCAGUAUCAUUAGCGGUAGAGUAGCGGUUGUGGAAACUUUUUUUAAAAAAAUCAUUACAAAAAAAUUGUUACCAUUGAAGUCAAUCAUCUUUGGAGAUAAAUCAAGUAGAGAUGAUAAUUUGACAGCUUAUUUUAUCACAAUUUUAAUUGAUGUUCUUUUUAAUAAUUAUAAUGAAGUUAAGCCUAAGAGAAUUUUUGCCACUUAUUGGUUUAUAGUUUUCACAUAUUAUGUAACAGACAGGUAUUCAAGGAUGAAAUUAUUUUAUAAUAAAAUAUCUCUCAACAACACCCCCCACCCACUUCUUUUGUAAAAAAAAAACAAACAAACAACAACAACACAAUCACAAACAAACAACCACAAACAAACAACCACAAACAAACAACCACAAACAAACAACCACAAACAAAGAAAGAAAGAAAGGAAACAAACAAACAGAGAAAAACAAACCCUCAGAGUCUUGUUGUUCAAGAUGUAGUCAUAGAGCGUUUGCUUUUUUUUUAAAAUAGGAAAUGCAGUCCUAAAAAUAAAAAAAGAGUUUUUUUUUAGAAUUCCACAUCGUAGGGAUUCUGUUAUCCUUUACAGUGCGCGAUGCGCCAUAACUAAAGCGAACAUUUAAAAAUAUGGACUUUUAUUAUUCUUGUGAUGAGCUAAAAUAAAAAUAUAAACAUGGAUGAAAAAAAAAAUGUUUGUGCCAGUUUGGUGCGUCUAAAAUGUUAAUUAAACUCACGUCAAAAUUUUAAUUUGGUCUUGGUUUUUCUAUACAUUUCACGUCCAUCACUUGCAGAAAUCAACGCAGAGUCUCUCUCUCUCUCUCAAUCUCUCAGCGGUGUCAAAACCUUUUUUCUCUCCCAUACCGCUUAAUUAGACUUUUCCUUUAUGAGCAUGGGCGCCCGCAGGUAGGGGCAAGGUGGGACAAAAAUAGACAAAAAAUGUAUUAAAGUAAAGAGAAAAUAAAGAGAAAGUAACUAAGCUGAUGUCCUGUCCGUUCGUUCGCCAUACAAAUACGCGACAGUAAAUUAAAACUAUAUUAAAACAUUACUAAAAAAAAUUUGCCCCCCCCCCCCUGGAAAGUUAAUCUUUUUUACGGGCGCCCAUGUUUAUGAGUAACCCCCUUCCCCCACUCAUCCCUAAAAGAGUAUUAAAACUGAUUACCUAAAUAAUCAAAUAAUAUAGAAAAAGCUAAUGACUUUUAAUAGGCUUUUCUUUUUUCCCUUUUAAUAGUCAUUUCAGUUUUUGUUGUUGUUGGUUUUUUUUACAGACAACAUCGCUAAAAUAAAUCACAAUAAAAAAAACAUGAAACAAUGAAGAACUACCAACAUCGGAAUUUCAUACAAUUAUUAAAUUUAAUCCACAAAAAAAAAAAAGUCUGUGUCUAAAAUGUAAUGAUUAAUAUAUCGCUAAAUUUUGAAAUUUUGAAAUUUUGCGUCUCGUAAAUGAAUGGUUGUACAAAAAAAAAAAAAAAAAAAAAAAAACACACUAAAUCUAAUUUUUUAAUUUUUUUUAAAACCGUUUUCCGCCUUUAUCAAUAUCAUUAUUAUGUACGCCAAAACGGGCCGCCGCAUACCCCCAGCGGUAAGCGUAGCCUGCUAUAGGUUGGGAACCGCUGCUCAUCAUGCAUUAUUACAAAAUAAAAUUUAUUUAAAAUGUCUACAACUUUUUCCCUAACAAGAAAUAAGCCCAAACAGUUUUACAAGCCAAUUCCUAUAUUUUUUUCCCCACACACGCUGUGUUAAUACAUAUCCGUACGUAUCUGGAAAUUGAUCGAAAAAUCGACGGAAAUUUGAUCGAACGGAAAUUUGGUCGAAUCUGUUUUUCAGUUCACACGUUAACAUGUUGCGUCAAAUUUAUGUAUGAACCACAAUAUUUUGUUUUACUUUAUAAUAUAGUGCGUUCAAAAAGAAAUUUCACGAACAUUUUAACGUGUGAAAUGGAAAAAAAGAUUCGACCCAAUUUCCGUUCGAUUAAUUUUCCGUCGGCCAAAUUUGUUUCGAGCAAAUUUCCGGUAACCAUAUCCGAAACCAAUUGUUCGAGGACAUUUAUUUUAAAACUUGAGCAGUUUAAGCAUUCUGAUUACUGCUACCACUGAACCCUUAAACCUAAUGAAAAAUGAUUGCGCUGCCAAAGUAGAUUUCAAAAAUAUUUUUAGGCAUAUUCAUAUUUUAAAUACAAGUAUUCCACCAAACUCAUAUAAAUUAAAUAUUAUAAAGCGAGACCAGAGCCGUCGCGUGUCUUUUGGGGGCUCUCUUCCACUUUUCGGUUUUGUCCUCCCCCCCCCCCGCACUGGUGUGGUAAAGGUGGGGGUGGUCCGCCCCGGGCGGCACUUUUUCGUACGCAUUGAGGGGCGGGAUUUUCGGUCAACUGCAGAGGGCGUUUUUUUGCGUGGGUAGGGGGGGGGCGGAAUAACUAUUUGCUUGCCCAGGUGGCCCUAACUCUAUAGCUUCGUGUCCGGCCCCAGGUGAACUGCACGAUUUUUGGGCCCUUAAUACAUCCGAGGCCUCCUGCAGUCGCAGGGGUUGCAGGGCCCACUCGACUGCUCUGAGCGAGACUAGGCUGGAUGCCGAAUUUCCGAUCUCUGGGAUUAGAAGAGACUAGAGAAUUUGGGGCUAAGAAAUUUCUAGCGUUUAAAAAAAAAACGCCGCACAUAUCAAGUGAAAUAAAAUAAUAGAUUUGCAAUAUUAGUAAUCGCUGACGUCAGAUGACUAAGUGGUGGCGGCUAUAUUAAUACUAAUUUCGUCACACAUUUACCGGUGAUUUUUAUAUAAAGUGAUUUCAGAGGAGACCCCCCUCCCCCAAGCCCCCAGUAAAAAAAAGUAGGAUACCGUUUUGAAUUCUCAGUUCAAACUCUGUGUGUGUAAGUGUAAGGAGUGAGGGACAGGGGAAUUAACACAACUUGAGGGCAAUGGAAAUCCCACUCUCCCCCAAAUUAUUUACAUGGCAGUGGCUUUUUAAGGGGGGGGGCGGAGUGGGUGGGGCACCCCGGGCGGAAGUUUUGUCCUUACAUGGAGGGGCCAAUCCCCGAUCUUCUUUCGUGGAAAAAAAAAAGGGGGGGGGGUUGCUGAAAUUUCUCGUCCCGCUCCGGUCGGCACUAACCCUAGCUACACGCCUCUGAUUCCAAUGGUGAAUUGCUAGAAAACGCACCUGUUGCAGGUUCCCGGACAAUACAUCUUUAAAAAUGUUUCUUCAUUAUAUCAUUAUAACCGUAGCCCAUAUGCCAGGUCUUGGUUGCAGCAACGUAGUCUAUCUAUCAGAAUCAAUGUACCAAAAUGUAAUACAUAAAAUUUCUCGUUCAUUCAUUGUAAUAGGUCAUUAUUUCCAGUGUGUCUUCGUUUUAUUUGGACAGAAUGUGGCGUCUCGGUGACCAGCAUGAUCGUCGGCGGGAUGCCGGCUCAGCGAGGGCGUUGGCCGUGGGUGGUGUCACUGCAACUGUCCUGGGCGCGCAGGCACGUGUGUGGCGCCACACUGAUUCACCCACAGUGGGUGGUGACAGCGGCACAUUGUGUCGCCGGGUAAGUACAAUUUUUAAUGUUUCUGGUGUGGUAGCUGAUUGCUUGGCCAGUGUGGAGUUUGGGUGCGGUGAUCUGGGCGAUCAAAUAACAUUUUAUGCACCUCAAGAUUAUAAGGCUUCCUGUAGGAGUACGCCUACAACAUGGUAUGUUUUAAAGUAUAAUUAUAUGAUGACAUUUUGUCACUUGGGGCCCGUCCAUUAAGUACUCCAGGCUAUCAUAUGGACAAUUUUACACCCACACCCAAAAGUACGACGCACUUUCCAACUAAAUUAUUUUAAAAUAAUUAAAUGCUAAUAAAAAUUCAAUCUAAAACACUCUUCACAAUAAACAAUUAAGUUUAUAAAAGGGGGAUCUUCUGUAAGAGUACAUUCGUCACAACAGAACGUAUAACAUCACUGUCAGAAUACAUCCAUCACAACGGAAAGUAUAACAACAGGAAGUUUAACAUCAGUCAAUUUCAGGUUUUAUGUCUAUGAUAAAAAUAUUGAACAUGUGUGACGUCAUGCAAUAUAAUUUGUCCGCCCCCCCCCCAUACCCCAAACAGUCACACUUACUUAGACCCCAGCUACCCAUUCAGGGGUUUGACGUACUAUAUGGCGACCUCUUGUCAUGAUUUAAGCCAGUCUAUGGCAAUUUUAAAAUAUUAACUUCCUUGCUAUAUAACCUUCCUCCCCCCCUCCCCCCCUACCCAUCCCCCAUUUCCACAAACGCUCAGACAUUUAAAAUGUCCAUUUUAACAUUUAAAAAUGUAUCUCAUACAGUUUAAAGUGUUUCUAUAAUGUGUUUAGAUGAUUCCGAUUUUAAGUGAACUCUAAGCUAAAUAAAGCUUUGAUGCUCCUUAAAUUAAAAAAAAAAAAUAAUAACAUAAUUAUUUCGCACAUUAUGAUAAAUUUAGAAACAUCUGGGCAGCAGAAGUGUAGCUUUAAAGUGAAAACAAUUUGGAAAUACAAAUUUACUAAAUCAUCUAGUGCAGUGGUUCUCAACCUUCCUACUUCCGCGACCCUUUAACACAGUUCCUCAUGUUGUGGCGACCCCUAACCACACAAUUGUUUUCGUUGCUGCUUUCAUAACUGUCGAGUAUAUGUGUUUUCCGAUGGUCUUAGGUUGCCCCUCUGAAAGGGUCGUUCCACCCCCAAAGGGGUCGCGACCCACAGGUUGAGAACCGCUGAUCCAGUGGUUUCUAUCUCUAUUUUUUUAAUCCGUACCAUGAAAAUCCACAGGCCAGAUUUCAACAGUGCUGACGAAUGGAGGGCAGUUUUUUGGCAGCACGGAUCAGCACAGAAGAUUGACUACAUCAUCAAGGUAAAACUGGAUUUGGUAAACAUUCGUUAGCAGCACUUUCUUGGGAAAAUAAUACUUUUCACCUAGACCUUUUUGUCGGUUUUAUUUCACUGUAAUAUUCUGCUGAUGGCCACAGGCUGAAACCGUUAACAUUUAUCUGCAGCAUCCAGAUUUUGUCAACGGAGACAACUACCCCAACGACAUUGCCUUGCUGCGCUUGUCGAAAGCUGCCGACGUGUCUGGGUUCGAUGUCCGGCACGCAUGUUUACCAGAGAGAGAGAGGCACCAGCGAGAAUGGGAGGAAUGCUGGAUCAUGGGAUGGGGAGAAGCUAAGGGUAUGUCUAACGCCAUAAAUACAUCCAUAAAAUAUAGUUCAGCGGAGUGCAGUGUAGUCUUCCGAUAAUUUUAUUUCUAAGGAAAAAUUUAACACUACCUGUGUGUGGUUCAAUGGCUUAUAGCUAGAGCUAGUCGUGUCCAGAGAGGCCAACAUUUUUGACGCAUCCCCCACCCCCCACCCCCUUUUUUUUUACGCGAAAAAAAAAUUUGCAGUUGGCCGAAAAUGCCGCCUUUUAAUAUAAAGAAAAAAAAAAGGUUUAUGAACAAAACUUAUAAAUGAGGGGGAAAAAAAAAAUUUGCAGUUGGCCGAAAAUGCCGCCUUUUAAUAUAAAGAAAAAAAAAAGGUUUAUGAACAAAACUUAUAAAUGAGGGGGAGACUGCGAUAAGAUUGAGCGAUAAGAUGGUGGGGGGGGGGCGCUCCCUUAUCCUAUCUCAGUGGCGUAGCUAAGGGAGGAAAGAGGGUGUGGAUGUUCCCGUGGGCUAUAUACUAGUGAGGGCGGAAAUCAGAAUACUCAACAACAAAAAAACAAAAACAAAAAACAAAAAAACAAAACAACAACAACAUAUAAAGAUAUAUGAAGUGGAGCUCAAAUGCUGCACCCAAACAUGUGGCCAACAGAGCAGAUCCGCCCCUUUUCCUAAACCAGUGGGUUGAUGAAUGACACUUGGUAGUAUUUAGGCAAUUUAGGCUUACGGCACGAGCAAAGCGACUCAUGAAGUAGUCCUUGUGACUGAGGGAUCUAACCGACAGAAAGUUUGACCGUGACUAUUACUUAGACAACAGAUCUAUUAAUAGAAAACGGACAGUUGAACUAAUACUGCCCGCUUCGCACCUGGUCCAAUCCUAUGCAAGAAUGACCCAAGUGGGUGAUUAGCCAAUACGCCUGAAAAGCUGCAGGCUUAAGACCAACGGACGUGUCGGUCGAGAAAGCCGUGGUGGUGUAGAACAUGCCGGUCUUAGCUCUGUGUGGUUUGAGUUGGGGGGGGGGGUGUUUAUUUAAACUCGUAAGUUUGCAUGUAUCAGUAGCUGGGAGCCAUGUUGGCCCGUGGUAGGGCAAGCAGCACAUUUACAUAUCAUAUCACGCAUAAAAUAGAUUCUGAGAAAGUAUCAACAGAGGUCGCUGCUUCCUGUGGUUUUCUUACACCGGUGAUCUCUUAUAUUCUGUGGUAAAGUCACGGGAUUAGUAUACGUAUUUAGGGUAUUGAAAUUCAAUACUAAUUUUGUUUAUCACAAUUUGAAUCAUAACGAUAAAAGCUAUGGUGAGUCUUUGGUGACAGAGACUUAAAUUUGGAGCCUUUUCGGGGGGGAAAAAAUGGGCAGAUAGGCCUGAAUCGUUGCGGAAUGAAACUUUGUGUUUUCUUGCGUGUCCCCCCCCCCCCAAUUUGAAAAUAGUGUUGUUUCCACGUUUUACAACACCUGUUGAAGGACAUAAACCUAAAUUCUUGCUAUGCCCUCACCGCCUAUUGUGUCGCUCUUUUAUAUACCUUUUCAUUUUGUUAAGUGGAAUUGGAGACGUCGUAUUUUAUUAACGAGCAUUUAAAAAAUCAAUAGGGAUACAAUGGGUAUUUUGAAAUAUCAAAUGUCUGACGCUUAUAUAAAUUCAUGUUAGUCAUAGCUGAACAUCUCUUUAUAUCCUUGACUAGAUCACAUGGAAACUGAACUCAUGGAGCUGGAGGUCAACAUAAGGAAGAACUCGGAAUGCUCGGCUCGCUGGGGCUGGAAGAGGAUCCUCAACUCUCACGUCUGCGUUGGCAAUGGUGACAGGGGAGCUUGUAAUGUAAGUAGGCGUAGGGCUGUCUGUUUGGUUAUUUUAAUAGUUAUAGGAGGGGCGUAAAUAAAAUAUAGGCCUAUGGCACCAAUGGCAGAAAAUUCGAUUAACUUUCAUCACCAUAAGAAAACUCAUCAUCGCAACUCCAUUUCAAUGUGAUAUCCAACUCAAAUCCUCCCUACCCUCCCCCCCACCUUUUCCAAUCUCAAAAUGAUGUUUAACUAUAGCAUAUGCAAGAACUUAUUUAAAACAAGUUCUUUUUGAAUAACAAAACACAUGAUUUUAAAACAAAAAUACGCUUUCUUAAUUUAAAAACAAAAAAAAAAAAUCACAAGGAACAAUAACAUGAUUGUAAACGUGGUCACUUUCAACUUUAAUAUAGAUCCAUUUUUUUUCUCACAGGGUGACUCAGGGGGACCGCUCGUGUGUCGCAGAAAUGGCUACCACUACCUGGCAGGUGUCACAUCGUGGGGGGUGAGUGGAUGCCAGACGACAGGGUAUCCCAGUGUCUUUACGAGAGUGGCCUACUACACGGACUGGAUACACGACAUGCUGCAGACUCACACCAAAGAGAGAUAAUUGACGCCACAUUCAAGUCAACAACCAACCUUUCGAUGUAAUGUGUUGCACGUGUUGCAGCACAGGGAUGAAACUUCACGCAGCGUCUUGGCGUAUCUCUCGUCAGCUACGUACAUCAGAAACAAAACUCCGAACUCCAGCACAAUCAACUGCCAUCAGUACUUUCACAUUUACCUACUGCAGCUGUUGUAGGGGUGGUCUUAUCAUACACUGUCCCAUAUUGAUGUGGCAAGAAUCCUUUUACAUAACAUUAGUCAAAGGCUAUUUGUGCGAAUCUGGAAGUGUGUGAUUGAUAAUAGACUAUCCACAGCCAGUGGUGCACAGAUCUAGAAGCCUCAUUUUAAGGAAUAAGAAAGGAAAAUCUAGUGGUAUAAAUAACUACAACCUUCAACUAUUUUGGGAUUCGAAUUUCAAGUGAAAUUAAUUUUCC